UGCUAUAUUUAACUCAUUAAUAUAAAUGGGAUAAAUUGCAUGUUUCUUUAAUUGUGUGUUGGUUCCCUCGCCGCGUGCUGCUCUCUAGUGGCCGCACGGAACACUGUAAAACCGGUUGCUACGGGUUACUUGGCAAACAAGUACGGGUGGUCGGACUGUGGAGUUUGUCGGAGAUAUUUAGCUGGAUCUAAGGCUGAUUUACUUGGGCAAAUAUUGCUGAUAUUGAUCAGGUCUUUGAAUUUAAGUUUUAGGGUAAAAUGUCGAGCACCGUUUUGGCUGAGGUUGACUGGGAUGGCGGUUUUGCCAUACCUGUGGCUAAUGCUGCAAACAAGGCUCUGCAAGAGGAAGUUAUGUGGAAGGAAAAGGAGAAGAUUAGGGUGGAAAACGAGCUUGAGAGACUGAAAGACAAAAAGCAAGCUUUGUCUGACCACUUGAAAAAUGCAAUUCAAGAGCUGCCCCGCACUGAGGGUCUGUGUCAGGCCAAGGAGUGCGAGACUGCCUCCGAGAAGCACCUUAAGGCUCUGUCUGAGCGCGAGGCUGGCUGUCUGCACAAGGAGCUGGCCAGGGUAGAGCGCGAGCUGGGACUCCUCAAAGAGAAGAAGAGCUCAGAAGAGAACGACAUCAGCAAGGCCAGCCAGAAGCUGGAGGAGCUGCGAAGCCAGCUGAACUGGGACCAACAGACCCUGGACGGCUGGCUGGAGGAGUCGGCUCUCCGGGAUGAGGACACCAUGGCCCUGGUCAAGUUCUCCCAGCAGGACGAGCGCAGGAUCAAGUCACUCACUUUGGCAAUAGAAAAGAAGACGGUGGAAGCCAACCAAAGACGCAAGGCACUGGACAAUGAACUGACGGAGACAGUGUCUACACAGAUCGCUUUGGACAAGUCGGCAGAGAACUUCCGCCAGGCCCACCAGGAGAGGCAGGAGCUGCUGAGGCAGUGGGAGAACACCAUCAAGCAGAUGAAGAGGCGGGACACUGAGAUGCAGCAGUGCACGCUGCAACUGGCCGAGGUCAACCAGGAGGGGCGGGCGAGGAGCGCGGCGGUGAGGGAGAAGAGGGACUUCCUGCAGACUGAGGAGCACAACAACCGAGAGUGUGAGAGAAGGAUCUCCAGGGCAGAGCGCCAGGCCUCCGAGCUGAGGCAGGACCUCCAAGAGCAGGAGCUCCACCGUAGCCGGCUGCAGCAUGAGCUGGACAGUGUGAAGACCACUGUGGACAGAACGGCAACGGACGUGGAGUCGCUUCGGACACAGAUCACCAGUGUGAAGGAAGAAAUCCAGAACAAGACAGUCAAACUGUACAAGGCCGAGCUCCAAAAUGCCGCUCUAGAGGACAAGCUGAGCAAGGUGACCCAGACGGCCCUCAGCGUGGAGGAGAGAGCCCUGCAGUUGGACCAGCUGCUCAGAGACGAGGACCAGGUCACCAAGGAGCUGGACAUGCAGCUGCAGCACCACCGCGAGGCGCUGUUUGGCCAGAGGCAGAAUCUGCAGGCACUCAGGAGCAAGGAGAAGGACCUGACAGCCCAGAUACUGGGGAGCAAGGCAGCCCUGGCCAGCCUCAAAGGACACAUGGGCAAGCUGGACCAGAACCUCCUCAAACAGCAGGAGAUCAUUUACAACCAGAACAUCCAGAUCCAGCAGCUGGAGAGCAAGGUGGCCCGUCUGCUGGGGGAGGUCAACACAGAGGAGAAGCAGGCACUGGAGCAGGAGACGGCCCAGCUGACCAGUGCCCUGGAGCAGAGGACCCGGACCGCCCAGCUGCUCAGCAUCCAGCUCAAGGAGCUACAGGACGACAUCCGCUGUGUGAGGAAGGAGGCAGAGAGAACUGGAGCAGAGAACCGAGAGAUGACAACCAAGAUGGAGGAGCUGCAACUGUUCAACGACACCUCGGACAAGGAGCUGAAGAAGCUCAGGACGACCAAGCAGGACACCAUGGUGGAGGAGAACAUGGUGAAGCUUGCGCUGCGGCGCCUGAGGGACCUGCUGUACAACAGAGCGGAUGGCGUGCUGUCCAGGGAGAAGAGGAGGCUGCAGCUGCAGACGGCCAUGAAGGAGCGGGAGGAGGAGAUCAGAGUCCACCGCCAGAUGCUGGCCAAGGAGAUGAAGAUCGCCCAGAAGGAGAGACAGGAGCUCAGUGUGGAGGUGAACCAGAGGCUGUCCAAGGUCGACAUGAUGAAGAAGUGCUAUGAGGUCUUGACCAUCUCCAUGGUGACACCCGAAGGAGAGGAGGACAAAUCACAGGCUUACUACAUCAUAAAGGCGGCCCAGGAGAAGGAGGGGCUCCGGCGGAAGGGGGACGACCUGGACGCCAAGAUCCGCAAGAUGGAGACUGAGAUCCCAGCGCUGGACAACACCAUCCAGCUGGUCAACAACUGCAACUCGUCCUACCGCAAGUCCUUCCACAGAGUGUUCGAGUCCGGCCCGGAGCAGGAGGAGAAGAGCAGGCUGGAGGAGCAGCUGCGGGCAGCAGAGGAGAAGCAACGGUACAGGAGGAGGCAGAUCAGGGAGCUGCAGGACGACCUUCAGGGGAUGAACAGGACCAUGGAGUUGCUGAGGCAGGAGGAGCAGGCUGAGUGCGAACGGACGCACAGCGCUCAGUUACAUGUGGCUCAGCUCAACAAGGAGGUCGAUUCCCAGAAGGAGAAACUGGAUCGAGUCACUAAACAGUGUUCCAAGUUGACCAGAGAGACCCGGUCUGCCAAGAGCGGUGCGGGGCGGAGCUUCGAGGAGCGGGACAUGGAGCUGAGGGAGACGAGGGACUUCAACCGCAGCGUCGGCCGCACACUGCUGGAGGCGGUGGAGGACACGCCCCCCCUCCGGGCCUCCAUCCACCAGUACUUUCUGCAGGCCAACCUGUCCCUGCCCUCCCCCUCCUCCACCCGCCAGAGCUCCAGGACCAGCUCUGCUCGCAGCUCAGUCUCCCUGAGGUCCUCCGCCUCCUCCUCUGCAAGCAACAGUCCCAGGGGCUCAACGCUGUGCUCUCUCACCACCAGGACCCUGGAGCUGGGCCUAGGUCUGUCUGUCAGCUCCCCAACUCCGGCCGGGUCCCCGGGCCCAGGCAGCACCAACAGCAGCAGUGGUAGUAGUGGAAUUCGCAGCAGCAGACGCAAUAGCCCCUAGUGUCGGUUCGAUACUGGUUUCCGGAAAUUGACCCCCCGUCGGCCAUGAAUACGUUAUACGUCUGUGUUUAGAUGAUGGAAGAGAUUGCGUUAUGUUGCUUGUUAAAGGAUUGUUAAAGGUAAUGUUUUGCAUGUGAUUUGUCUUCACACAGUGGGGGAUAUUCAGUGUAUAUAUUUUUAAUUUAAUUUAGAGGUUCCAGAAAUGAUCCCGCAUCUUGCUGGAGGAUGACAUGUUCAGACCCAGCCAGAGAGAGAGUCUGGGGGCUGGGGACAGGGCAUCGUAGCUCCCUGUAGGAUUAGGCAAACAUGUCACAUGAUAUCCCAUUCACAGGAAAUUGCUUGUUUCCGUGGUUGGACACAACUGGUUGGACAAGGGGGAGGUUCCUAGCCACCUGAGUAUAUAAAGUCAGUGGGCCGUUGCACACUUUCCAAAGCAGUCCCUCUUGAUUGUUCCCUAACCCAUAUCUUGAGGGAAUCAAAGAGGAGAGUUGGUGUUCACCUGUAUUAAUUCCGACAGAGACCACAUCCGCACACGUUCACAUCCAGACGAUUUUUUCCUGCCAAGUUCAAACUAUGGGAUUUUUUGAACCCAGACAACAUGUUGCUUGGUGUUUUCUUUGCAUUUUGGUUGGCACCUUCUGCUGCGCAAACUACAAAAAAGGAAAUUUUCGUUAUUUAUUGUAUUCCAGAAUAACGAAAUAGGCCUAAUGGGGGAUAAAUUGUAUGAAGACUUUUUCUAAAUCAUUUCAUGUUCUAAUACACUACAAUUAAAUAUUGACAUAAGUGGAGUCAUUCAGCUAAUACUGUUCUUUUGUGCUAGCUAUGUAAAAUAUUUUGCGACAGAGCUGAUAAGUUCAGUGUAUCAUCCGAUCAUUUGAUCAUUCCAUUCAUGCAUCCAAACGAAAAAACGAGUCAAAUAGUUUUUCUGUUUUUUCUUCAUGCACCAACAUUUUUAUAAUGGUGUUUGUUUUCCUAUUCUCAGCUCGAAACGGAUAUUAUAAUAAACGAGGAAACCAAAACUAAAUAAAGAAUUGACUUAUUUCUUUAUAUAUCUUCCCACUUCGCAUGCUUUUGCGCAUACGCAAUGUAGCUAUAGUCGCUCGGUGUGUGCCAACACACUGGUGUAACACCAAAUUUUGUGACCCCAAGUGUGACUCCAAGGGUCGCUGUUUUCUGCAACAUGCAGGAGUUUGAAGCAUAGACAGGCAUGAAUUCCACGUGCGAAAACAUGCAGAAGCUUAAAAUGUAAAACUAGUCAUUGAUCGCUCAAAAUAGGUGCAUUCAUUGCAAGGGCUAAUUUGAGCAAGUUGAGUGGCUGAAGCAAAACGGUUGAUUUGACUCUGUGCUGGCAUGAAGAUGAUGGCUCUUUCUUUCUUGAUACAAACGGUAAUUCUAAACAGCCUUUUACAAAGUAGUCUAUAAUAAGAAAUGUUCAAAGGUAAAUCAACGUAAUUAAACACUAGCUUCGGAGAGGCUGUACUAAACACCCUAUCUAUAUUAUUGGUCUGUUAAAUGCUAAUCAAAUCAAAUGUAUUUAUUAAGCACAUUUAAUAACAAGGUGAGGGGGGGUAUCUUAUGUUUUAUUGCAGUUUAUGUAAUAAACUGAAUUAAUCUUAUGCCUGCAUUUGCAUGAAUUAUGUAUGUGUGCUUGCAGAGACUUGGGUGGAUUUGCAUGCAGUGUAAGGGGAGGGUUGGGUGAUUGUAGUGGGUUUAGAGGACAAUUUAUAAGGGCACCAAUUUGGGGCGAUCCAAGGUCCCUUUGCCUAUGUUUGAUGGGUCACAAUUCUGUGACCGUCGAAUUCUGUGACCCCAGUGUAAAUGCGGAAAAAUCUCCCAAUUGAAAUGCCAAAUUAAUUCACAAUCGUAUUCUCGGACACGAUUCAAUAGAUUUAUUUCCGUGAGCGCAAGCACAAAAUAGCGUUUUACCUAAUUAACAGUGGUUUCACAGAAUUUGAAUUUGAAAGAAAAUAGGAAAAAAAACGUCCAUUUUUUGUGCAUAAAUAAAUAAAACGAUAUGUGACGAAUA